CACUUUCAGUUGUAUUCCAACGACCGGUAAGGUAGGUUUCGCAGGAGUUUAGUUGAUUCAGAAACUCAAACUUUCCCAAUGUUUCUCAAUGACCGGUGUAUUAAUUGCUGAAAGCUUGUCUCCAUAGAAUACCGAGUCAUCUGAAGCAUAUUAUUUCUGUUUAGCUGAGACGAAGAUCUGAGCUAGGUAUUCUAUGUAAUUAUGAAUAAUCACUGUUGACGCUUUCGAAUUAGAAUUCAUAUUUAUCGUCUCUGUUUUAAAUCUCGUUCGUGGGGAAUGAACUCUGGAAAUUCAAUAUGAUGAUUAUAAAUGCUCUUAUUAGUAAAUGGAAUCGAAAGAGCUCUCAGAUUUGAACUCUGUCGCGGAGAUAUAAAAACAUAAACAACGCACUUCAGCGAAGGAACAGAUUUGCAUAGUCUCCUUCGCAGGCAUCGUCACUAAAUUUGUGCGUCAAAUUUAUUUUGAAAAGGGAUUAACCUUGAAGGUUUCUUAAACUGAAAGCACCGUUAUGUCUUCAUGUGACUGUUGAACAAUCUCCCCGAUGUGUGCACUUUCUGAGAGUAAGCAAUCACAAGAAUUAAUUGUCAAUAAGGGAGGCAGACCGAAUUUCAUUCGUAAAAUUAACGGAAAAUGUAUCCUGUCUACUUGAUCUAGCGUUACGCUUGUGUUACACUUGUUUGGUUUGGCAGAGGAUUUCUUCGCACUAAAGAAGUGAAACCGGGGCCUUUGAUAUCGAUUGCUUUUUCAGUUGCCUUUGUGAAAAUUAUAUUACUAUGAGAUUAACCUUAAAGGUGUCUUAAAAUGCAGGCACAUGAUGUGAGAUGCCUUUCGAUGAAGCAAGGCAAAACAUCUUGUUAAAACAACGCGUGAUGUACUCAUUUGAAAUCUCAUUUGAAAUCGUGUACUUUUGUGCAAAUCACGAGACCGAGACUAAAACUUCGCUAAACCUGGCUUUUCUGUCAAAGUCUAAAUAGAAUUUCUUGAUGGCUCUUAGAGGAACAUUCCUCCCUCUCUUACAGCACGCCGAUUCCCGUUUAUUAUGGUCAUACUCUUGUAGGGUCACGAGGCACAUUAAUGUUUUAAAUGAUAAGGGAGACCCCUAACGUCUGACCUAAUUUUAUUAUUGCGUAAAUCAGCACUCUCAAAUUGUUUCCUUUUUCCGCGCUCGUGAGAAGUAAAUUUACAUCGUUGUCAGUCUCUAUCCAAUUUUACUGACAGAAGAGUCGAAACGGGAUUGGUUGACUUUAAGCAAGUUCAAGACAGUCAUGUUCAUGAAUGGUGUUUGGUAGUGAGGUUUAGAAAAAGAAUAAUAUGGAUAGAUUCGAUAAUGUUAACAAAAAGAAUACGAAUACUUGUUUUCUUUUGUAUUUCAGUCAUGGCGGAAAAUGAAAUUAAGUCACGUGAAGCAAAAGUGGAUUUUGAUGAAGGUGUUUUAGCAGCCCAAGGCCCAGCUCAAGGCCCAGGCCCUUCUGAUGAAAAACUUGAUUAUGAUGAUGAUACUGUAAGAGCGAUAGCAAAAGUGUACAGCAACAGGGCAACAGCGUAUUACCGUCUCGGGAAUUUCCACGAGGCCCUGAAUGAUGCAACAGCUGCCGUCAAGUUGGAACGAACUUUGAUGAAAGCCAUAGAAAUAGGAGCAAGUGCUUGUGAGCAGCUACAGUGUUAUGAAGACGCCAUACCGUGGUGUGAGAAGGGAUUGGUAGUAUCUUUUAUAACAUCAUGCUUUUAUGUUCUUUGCCAACUGUAAUUAAAAAGGAGCUUUCAUGUUACCUGUAGGAAUUCUAGGUAUUCCCUUGCGCUACUUACAAACGAACAUUCCUCUCAGAAAUGUAUUUUAAUCCCCAAAACGUAAGGAGGGCUUCCAUCCUACCCCUUGUCCUUUGUACAGUCGUGGAGGAAUGAGUGGUAACACCUAGGGGUAACUUGAACGAAAUACUUUCGAGGAGAUAUGUGCCGCUUUAUCCGACUUAUAGAAAGGAUCGUACGACUAAAACUUCAUUGUUAACGAUUGAUAGUGUACCUAGGGAGAGUUGUAGCAGUUACUUGGGUUAAAAAAAAAUCAUCUUUUGUUUUACAAGCUUUUUUCGUAUUAUCCCCACAUCCCUCGUGGUUUAUUGCGCCGGUAAACCCAUACAAAGAGUGCUCUAUCACCGGCUUAAAUAUAAUUUUGUGUACAUGACACAGUCAGCUUUUUUGUUAGAGCUUUAUACUUUUAUCAGUAGAAAAAUCCAAACAGCUCAACUGUUUAACCUACAUAAGCUUACUGAUUAUUUGUAUAUGGAGGACUGCCAAAUUGGACGAGGCCUUAGGCCGAGUCCAGUUUAGCAGUCUGAGGAAUUUUUCUCAUCCAAUUAUUUUCAAAUUGGACAAGCAAGUAGUCCUAUUACCUAUUAAGUAUAUAGCAUCCAAAAACAGAUGAACAAGGAAAAUAUUUGACCCUCAAAAGCACAGUAAAUUUGAAAAUACCUAGGUUUUUGUGCUUCUUUGAGCGUUCUUGUUCUGAUUAUCCUCCUUCAUCUCGAGUAAAUCAGUAGCAUCUAUCUCUGGAAACCACAGGGUUCUCCCUUAUUUUCAGUACAACAGGUAAAAGAGCAUUUUAAGCCGGUAAAACAAUCAUGGGUGAAUCGCAGCCUUGUUUAUUAGGUCUGCUCUGUACAUUAUAUGGAAUUCAAAUCAAUGUAGGUGAUGUGCUUUCCAAGACAGGUGUUUCUUUCUCAAGUUGCAAAGCCACUUCAUCGCCGAUGUUGUCGUUUCCUAAUAAAAACAUUUUCUUUGAAAAGACCUCCAUCUAAUAUGCAUUACGGUUUACUAAUUUUACACCUUUGGCUUUAGAUGUCAAAUGAAAUCAAACAGCAUUUUCAUUUUUAAGUGUUUUAUUCUUUGUCUGAAUUCUCUUGCCCUAAAGUCACAGAAAAAUAGGCAAAAGCCACA